GCUGCAGGCCGUCUCCUACAAUGCAGGCGAAUUCUUUACUGACUGGGCCACCUGGUGUCUGUUUUACAAAGGGGGAAAUUGAGGCUCAGAGAGGCCCCUCGCUUGUGAAAGGAGUAUCUGAGAAAAGAAUUGUUGAUUCCAAAGCCUGGGCCCAUCAUCACUCCCCAGGAAUCUGCUCAGAGCUUCUGUGGCUGCUGGAUCCCCACACCCACCCAGAUAUGACCCCAGGAGCAGUGUCCCUGGUGUGGGUUCAGCAACUCCCAGGGAGUCUGGGCCCCUCUGCAGGUGGUCAUGGGGCGGGAUGAGGCUAGAAACACUGCCCAGUUCCCUACACUCACCUUUCACAACUUAACUGACGGUGCCAUGGCACAGGAAGGGUGAGAAAGAGGCCACAGGAAGUGGUGACACUGUGGGGUGGGGGCCAGGGAGGGCUGGCUCAGCAGAGCCUGGGACCAGAAGGACACACAGCUGCAGGGCUCUGGCCGGCGUGGACGAGGCUGGCCCAGGAUGGUGGCGCCCAGGGCCCUGGGGGUCCUGCUACUCCUGCAUUUGGCCCCAGGUGAGGGAGAUUCCACACCCAAAUAUGAAGAGCCAAGAAAUGUCUGCCAGGGCUUCCCCAAUACGAACUCGUAUGAAGACUUCGACCUUAACAGAACUGCUGGUUGCUUCUCAAAGUGUACACGGUCUCAGGAGAAACUCUGCCAUCUGGAAAACUUGCAGAGAUAUUGGCUGAACUUCGAGACCUAUCUGGUGGAGAGGAAUCAGAUGGACACAUUGAAUACGUCUUUUUUGACGGCGUUUGUCAAAAGCAUCAACACCAAUGUCUCAGAAGACCUGUACUUCUCUCUGACUCCCUCUCAGAUUCCGAAGCAGGUGACCAAGGAUGAGCACCAGCACCCUGACAGAGUCCGGCUGCCCAAGAGCCUUUUCGGAUCCCUGAAGAGCGAAGGGCCGAUGGUCCGGUUGGGCAUAAUUGUCCUGGACAUCGGUCCAGGGAAUGUCUUCAAGGGCUCCCUGCUCAGCCGGGAGGAUGGCAGCAGAGUGUUGAACAAUCGCAUGGUGGGCUUGACUCUGGGUCACAUAAAUGUCACCGAACUGGCCGAGCCUUUGGAGAUCACCUUCUCCCACCAGUACCAGCCCCCUAACAUGAACCUCAGCUGUGAAUUCUGGGAUUCGACUAAAGGAGACUGGUCUUCCAAGGGCUGCUCCACAGAGGUUGGAGUCCGCAGGACUAUCUGCCACUGUGACCACCUGACCUUCUUCGCCCUGCUGCUGGUAAUAGAGCCCCCUUCCCGACCAUCCCAGCAAUUCCAGAAAUGCCGAGGCUCCUGGGCCAGGGAACAGGGUGGCUGUGGGCAAGGGCCAGGCCUUUGGGGUGUGCGGGCCUGGCCUCCAAUUGAUAGGAUUCUCGUUUGGGGGAAUCACCCACAGAGGCCAAUCUUGGAUGAGACCACCGUGAGGGCCCUCAUACACAUUUCCCAGGCUGGCUGUGGAACCUCCAUGAUCUUCCUGGCCUUCACCAUCGUCCUCUACGUCGUCCUGAGGUUCUCCUGGCAGAGGUUCAAGUCUGAAGACGCCCCCAAGAUCCAUGUGGCCCUGAGCGUCAGCUUGUUUCUCCUGAAUCUGGCCUUCUUCCUCAAUGUGGGGCAACGCCUGAAGGGGUCCAACACUGCCUGCGGGGCCCGGGGGGCCGUCUUCCACUACUUCCUGCUCUGUGCCUUCACCUGGAUGGGCCUGGAAGCCUUCCACCUCUACCUGCUUGUCAUCAAGGUCUUUAACACCUACUUCAGCCACUACUUCCUGAAGCUGAGCCUUGUGGGCUGGGUCCUGCCUGCCCUAAUAGUCAUCGGUACUGGGUUCGCCAACAGCUACGGCCCCUACUCCAUCCGUGAUGAGAAGAACGUCAUCACACUGGAGCUGUGCUGGUUCCGUGAGAAAACUGCCCUCUACGUCACCGUGUACGGCUAUUGCCUCAUCAUUUUCCUCUUCAGCGCAGUGAUCCUGAGCCUGGUGUCCUGGAAGGUCUUCACUCUGUCGAGUGCCACAGCGGGCAAGGAGAAGGGGCAGCACUGGAAGGGGGUCCUCACCCUGCUGGGCCUCUCGUGCCUGGUGGGCCUGCCAUGGGGACUGGCCCUCCUCACGUCCCUGGGCCAAUUCACGGCCUAUGUCUUUGCACUGUUCACCUCUCUGCAAGGUGUCUUCAUCUUCUGCUGGUUCAUUGUCCUCUACUGCCCAAGCCAGAGCACCGUGACCUCAUCUUCUGGCACUGCUCGGGUUGACCAUGCCCAGACCGUGUCUCAUGAAUAGAGGAAGGCCAUGUGGCCAGGCCGGGCCCGCCCUGCGCUCUGGACUCAGCUCUAAUUGACCGUGUGACCUGGGAGCGGGGGGAGGGGGUCCCUGCCUCCUGGGCCUCAGCGCCUUUCUCCACACAAUGUGACUGGGGAGCCAGGGCAUGGGAAAUACGUUGGGCCAUGUUGUCUCAAAGGUCUUAUCCAGAUACACCUACGGGUCUGAGAGUUCACAGAUCCAGGAUGGCAGGAGUCUCAAGUCCCUGUGAUUCUGAGACCCCUGCCGGCACAGUGACACCCUCACCCUGCCCCCAUGCCCACCCCCCAUCCUCAGAGCAAAACGGCCUUCUAGUCUCAGAAAGCCUGAGUUUCAAUAAGGAGGUCAGUCCUUGGCCGCCUCGGGAAGGAGUCCCCAGCCGCUCCCCUUCCUCCCUUCCCCUCAUCACUGCCCUCCCACAGCUCCGCCCUUGGGCCGCCUGUACCUGAGGGGACACUCAGGGCCACCGCCCGCUCAGGCGUGGGGGGCUCUUGUGAACUGGAGGUUUGUUUUGAGGGGGUGGGGGGUUGCUCCUUCUCUGGUCUCACCUGGUCUCAGCCACUCUCUUCAGGGCCCAUCCUCACAGAGGUCCCCCUGCCGCUCAGGAGCGCUGGGAGCCCCUCAGGUGCUGGGGACCCUGAAUAUCAAGGAAUGCCACUUACUCAAUAGGUGGGCUACCUCAAGCAGUCCCCAGUUCCACCUCUGACUGCCUCAUGGGUGGCCCUGAUACCGACCAGGGUCUUGGCCUUUCUCAAUGAACAGACAUUGACGGGAGGCCAGACGAGAAAUUCAGGCAAGGCUUUAUUGGGGUCCCUGCUGCAGAAGGGGAAAGUGAGAACUAACAAUAGGUUGCCUUGCUUGCUCACUCCCUGAGGGCAGGGGUGGUGAAGCCGAUUCCUUUCAUGGGGUGAGGGUAGGGGUGUGUCCAGGAGUUCGGCUGGAAGCCUAGCUUAGGUGGUUUGCACAUCCUUCUGGUGGUGCUGAGUACAGGGGGCAUGCAUAGUACCCAGCUUUUUUUCCCCAACACCCUGUUUUUAUUCCUGGCUCUUCAGAAGUGGCAUUAGGGACUUUUUUAGUUUUUUGUUUUGUUUUGUUUCUUUUGUCCAGAAUUGGCCCAACUGCACAUACACACAGUUAUUUCUAGUCCCAUAUAUCUUCUCUGCAUUUUGUUGCUGGAGAAGAGGUCUGCCCAGGUUGCAAACAUUGCAGCAAAGGGUCCCAGGUCCCAGCUGGUCUCAGGUGGACUGACCUCUGGCCUGCUGUCUUGGUGGGGGUGGAGGGCAUAAGGUUCAGGGCUCAGCACACCUGAGGGCUGAGGAGCCAGUGCGGGGGGGAGGGGGGUUGUGAACAGAGAGAGGUUGGACAUUUCUUCUGGCAUCCAAGCUCCCAUAGUGCCAGGGGAGUGCCUCAGGCCAGACCCAGCUGGGUUUGUCACUUCCAGUGGCUGGGCUUGGUUUUGAAACCACUGGUUUCCUCAGUAGGAAACAAAAAAGAGGCAGAGACAGUAGAGAUAGACACAGAGAUAGAGAGAUGGAGAGAUAGACAGAGACAGAAAGAUAAACCGAUAGAAAGAUGAACAGAUAAACUGAUCCAAAGAAAGAAAACAAAAGGAGAGACAGACAAAUGCAGAGACACGCUGGUCCCCUGGGCCAGCCCGACCAGGAGGGCAGGGCACUGGCGUCCACCCCUCUCUUCUGCCCUACACUGCACCUCACCCAACUUACUGUUCAGCCUCACUCUUCAACCCCCACCCUCCCCAGUGUGCUUUGCAGAAAGUCUAGCACCUUCCACAGGUGAGAAGUUAUUAUUAUUAGAGCCUCACCACAACCCCUGGCUGCCAGUCUGCCUCCUCCCCACAAAUGCCCUGGACUUAGAUUCCCCUUCUCCCUCCUCCCACUCAGCAAAUAGAUGAAAGAAAGGAAGCCCAGGACCCUGGCUUUGUGCAAAUCACUGUGUUCCUAGAAGGCAAAUCUUUAGAGUGUGGACACUGCAACAGUUGAGCCACGUUAUCAGUUUUUGGGGACAAACUUGGUGGGUUUCAGGGCUUAUCUUCACAGACAUCCAUUUCUCACACUGAAAUUCUCAGCAACCUUACCCCAAAGUCUCAGAGCUAGUAACCUGUCCUCAGGAAGAAUGGCUGCUUCAGUGUCUGACAGGCCUGGCUUCAAAUCCUAGCUCUGCUGUUUAGGGGCUGGGUGACCCUGAGCCUGUCACCACAGCUCUCUGAACCUCAGAUUCACCCUACCUAAGAUGGGGCUUGUUGAGUCUUUUGUGUGCAUGCUCAGUUGCUCAGUCAUGUCCACCUCUUUGUGACCCCAUGGACUACAGCCCUCCAGGCUUCUUGGUCCAUGGGAUUUUCCAGGCAAGAAUACCGAAGUGGGUUGCCAUUUCCUACUCCAGGGGAUCUUCCCAACCCAGGGAUCGAACCUGGGUCUCCUACUUUGGCAGGUGAAUUCUUUACCACUGAGCCACUUGGGAAGCCCAUUGAGUCUUAAGUGAGGUGGUCAAAGUGAAGUGCCCGACAUUGUCAGCAGGAGUUUGUUUGCUCCAUGAGAAACCCCUUGGCCUAAAGAAAAGACUCAUUGGAAAAGCCUCUGAUGCUGGGAGGGAUUGGGGGCAGGAGGAGAAGGGGACAACAGAGGAUGAGAUGGUUGGAUGGCAUCACCAACUCGAUGGACGUGAGUUUGAGUGAACUCCGGGAGUUGGUGAUGGACAGGGAGGCCUGGUGUGCUGCAAUUCAUGGGGUCACAAAGAGUCGGACACGACUGAGCAACUGAACUGAGCUGAACUGAAAGCAAAUUGUGAGCUUCCGCAACCUGUUUUGUUAACUAGGAGGAUAUGAAGUUCAAAGCUCCCUUUUAUCAAGAGGGAGGGGACAUAUGUAUACCUAUGGCUGAUUCAUGUUGAUGUUUGGCAGAAACCAAUCCAAUAUUGUAAAGCAAUUAUCCUUCAAUUGAAAAUAAAUACAUUUUUUUUAAAAAAAGGCUCUCUUCUAGAUACCUUGCACAGCUCUGCCAAGUGAACCAGCCCUGGGUGGGGAGGAGGAAAUUGAGCCUGGAGAGGCCCAGCAAUCCCGCCCAAGACCACCCUGAAAGCUGAGCCAACACUUGAGCUGGCGGCUCCGGGGGUUUAGAGUUAUUACCUUGUCCCUGUCCUCCGAGUCUCAAGGGAAAUCCUGGACAGUGGUUUUUUUCUUGCUUUUUCCUUACUUUCUCACUUAAGACAUGCUCAGUGGGAUAAGGGACUGAUAGAACCACAAGCCCUGGAUGGGCGGGGUUUCCAGGUGCAGUUGGGGAAAGCCGAAGGGGUGCGUAGCUAACAGCAGAGAUGUCCUGUUUGCUGCUUGGCUCUCCACCCCAGGGCCAGGCAGCGGCAGAGGGGCUGGGGUCCCUCACUGCUUGAAGUCACUGCAAAAGUGGCUCCAAGCACCAAGUUGAGCACAUGCUAAGGCCAGGAAGGGCUAUGGCAAAAAAACACCCCAAGGUCCACCUAGACAGACGAAGUUCUCCUGUCACUGAUGCAUCCAAAGGACAACCUAGGAGGUGGACAGCCUGAUGGUCAAAAGCACGAACUCAGAGGUCAGCCUGCUUGGUUCCGGUUCUUUGCCUUGGACCAGUUCCUCACCUACUGAAUCUGCAAUGCAGGGAUAACGGCAGCUGCCCGACAAAGCUGAUGAUUACAUGAGAUACCGGCUGCCCACCCAAGGCAGUGUGGCUGUGACUAAGCCGGAACUCGGCUUUGGCUGACACCUUAUCAGGCCAUAGGCGGCAGUGGUCAUCUGUGUGCUGCAGGAAGGGUGUCCCCUCAUCGUGGUUCCCUGCCAGGUUCUCUCUGUUCUGUCCCAGCUUCUUCUUUCCUAAUACUUUUUCAUUACAAUGUAACAAAUAGGUAGGAAAUAAGAAGACCUACUUGCUUCAUGCUUUCAGAGAAGUAAUUUAAUAUCAAAAGAUAAAAAU